AUGAAAGCUGAAGCUCUAGGAAUAUCAUUAACACCAAACGUAGAAGGAAAGUUAGAAGAUGAAUUUUUCUUCGAAUUUUCAACAACAACACCAACAGUUCUCGAGUUCUUACCAACUGGAGAAGUUUCAACAUUAAAACCUACAUUUUUUCUGUUAUUUGAUCAAAAAAUUGAUAAAAGUGAAAUUUUCAAGCAUUUAUGCGUAGUGAGUGGUAAUGAACAUAAAAUGUCAACAAAGAAAUUAAAACUAGUAGAUGAAACAACAGCAAAAAGUGAAUUCAAAUUGUUCAUCAAUGAAAAAGAAGAAAAUCAUGAGCCAUAUAUUGCAUUUACAUUCAAAGAUGAUUUAUUAAAAGCAACACAAUAUACAAUUCAAGUACCUACAGGUUGUCCAUCAGCCGAGGGACCACUGAUGACAACAUAA